CGAUGGACAUGAAGAAAACGCUGACAGAAGGCGAUAUAUUCACAUUCAGGUGUAACGUUUCGGAAUCUGAUGCUUUGGAUUUGUUCUCUAACCCACUUAAAUAUUUCUUCCGCGAUCAAACAUCCGGAAAUCAAGUCAAGAUCUCAGAAAACAGACAAAUAGUGGACGCAUCAUCUCCCUGGAGAGUUGAUAUCCAUCCGAACUCAACCAGCAGCUUUUUUUUAUUCGAAUUAUCGGGAAUGGUAAAUAUGGAGAGCUCUGGAACCUACUACUGUACCAGAAAAAAUGUCAACAACUCAGUGAUCCUAACAGUGAGAGAACUAACACAGGAUGUGAAAACAAUUGACUUUUCCAUAUCGGCUCUCGAUGAAUUUGGAGUUCCUGCCGGAGAGGAGUUCAUUGUGACAAGAUUGGAAGGCCAACAAGAUCCUGAACCUAAGGUGGUGCACAUUGAUUCCGGUUAUUAUCAAGCCAUAUGUAAUGCGGAAGAGGGUAUCCCAAAGCCUAGAUAUGUACUGAAGUCUGGAAAUGCUGAUCUGGCUUUCGAACACAUGAAGAAGGUUCUUCUCAACUCGGCAACAUCAGAUUUAUCAUGUCACGUUGAGAAUGGAGAAUUUGCUCAUCAUCUCAAGUUCCUUCUGAUGAUUAAUGCAGGACAUCCCGAGAUGGACUGCAGCUCUCCGACUGUUGCCACUGGAGAGGAUGCAGAAUUCGACUGUCUGGUGACUGGUAAAAACCUUAAGUGUGAUCACUUUUCCUGGAUUUCGGAACUAGAUGGGAGCCCGUUCAAUAACAAAGCGAACUACACAGUAGAUUGUCAAGUACAGGAAAGUGGAAAUAGCAUGAUAAAUGUGUUGAAGUUUAAGAAUGUCAUGUCAUCUGAUUUUGACGAAGGUUACAUUCUGAAAUUUGAAAAUCACCUUGAUGAAACAUUUCAAACGGUGAACAAACUGAAGAAGAAGAAGAAGAUGGAAAUAAUAAAUUCAGCAACAACAGUGGUGCCUUUUGGAAUGAUGUCUCUCCUCUUCCUGUCCGUACUGGGACUCAUCCUGUAG